AUGAUGGUCUUUGGCUUGAUGAUGGAACUUCGAAAAUUGAAGACAUUAGGCAACUACAGCAUCAUCCUUGGAUCGUUGAUCCUUUUCACAAUGCUGACCGGCAUGAUCCUCCAAAUGAAGACAAUCCAUGUAGCCCAGAUUUGGGUCAUAUCUUGGAUUGGAACUCCGAAGUCCGAAAACAUUGCCACACAGACCUUCAAUCCGGACUUUGAUGCUGUUUUCAUGAUAUUCAAGCUCAGUGGGGCACUGGAAGGCUAA